AAAUAAAUCUGUAAUAGCAUUUUCGAAUAUCUUCUACGGAUAAUAUUUUUCAGCAGAUGAAGAUAAGUCUGAACGUUAAGCCAUCUGUUCGACAACAUAUGAAAAAAUAAUUAACGGAUCUGCAGCAAUUUAGGAUAAACAAAAGCAUACGAUACGGAAGUACAGCAAGCAAAAUGGAGCUGAUACAGGAUGAUGAAGAGAAUAACUCCCGAAAACCGAAAAUUCCAGUGUCUUUAUACAUCUCUGAAGGAAGAAAGCACAUUCGUCUCUGCCAAUACGAAAAUGCCAUUCUAAGUUUCGAUAACGUUCUGAAUAGAGAUCCUCAUAAUAUUAAAUCUCUGUUAGGCCGUUGUAAAUGUUUUAUCAGACUUGGAAAAUUUCAGGAAGCUCAGAUGGAUGUCGAGCAAGUUCUGAAAAUUAAUCCUAAAUGUUCUGAAGCCAUUUCUAUGAAAAGUGAAAUCGAAUUCGCGAAGGGAGAUUUCGAAACAAGUUUUCGAACAUGCAGGAGAGGGCAAACAGUAAGGCCUGCAUGCUCACUUUUUAAAUUACGCUCUCAGUUUUGCGAAAAGACUCUUGAUAACAGUCUACGUGGAGACAAACCGCUUACAUUAGAGAAACUGGACAUCAAUGAAAUCAUGAAAAUCCUAGUCUCAGAAGAUUUGCCAGCAAACAAGAGAGGAGAUACUCACUCUAUUAAAAAGCGGAUGUCUUCGAUUGACGCUGAACUUGUACAAAUGUUUCUAAGUGACAAAGACUUCAUUUCUGUCCACCCUCUCUGUAAGGAUUUGUUAGAGUUUUUAAUUCAAAGAAACUGCUUUUGGAGAGCCUUCAUGCCGAACGUGAGUAAAAAGUGGCCAUCUACCACGAAGAAAGAAGACUUAAGAAUGGACGAUCCUGAACAUUUCUGUGAACUGAAAGGCAGACGAUGCAACCAGUGUGAAGAUGCCCUCAAAGAAGACAUUGAAAAUCUGUUAGAAAUGAACUUAGAAGACGAAAUACCAUUUGACAAAGAUGACGAAGAUCACCAUGGACUGAGAAAAAAAGCUAAAGGUGAAAUCCUCAGCAUUAUUGGUCUCGCAUGCAUGCUGGAAAAAGGUACAUUUUCUGCUUUAGGAUUCCAAAAGCGUGCGUUUAAACUAGGAAAUAAAUAUAACAUGCCGUGGUUAAAAAAGAAUGCUUUACGCUAUAUAGCGGAAAAUUACAUAGCAAUUGAAGAAUACGAGAACGCUUGUCUUUGUUUACGUCGAUGCAUUGAUCUGACCGAAUCAGAUAUAGAAACAUCCAUUAUUUUGUACAAAAUUGCCGAAUGUAAGUCUCAAGUGAAUAAAUUAGUUAGCGCAGGAAAAGUUGCUCAAAAGGCUUUAGAUCUUGCUACCUCUAACUAUGAGAACAGAUUACGUGUCGACAUCACAAUGCUAUUGGCCGAAAUAUCGAUUAGAAAUGGAAAUUUAUCAACUGCUGACUAUCUUUACGAAAAGGCUUUAUCUAUAGCCUCUCAAACUAACGAUGAUAGACAAGAAGCUGUCAAAGAUCUGAUAAAACUGAUAAAGGAGAGAACAGACAAUGAUAGAUGUAGAGAAAAUUUUCUUCGGUUGCCAGAAAUAGUGAGAUUAAAUGAACAUUUUAAGUGCAAAAACAAUCUAAAACAUCUAAGUGGUAAAUAACUGCUGAAUAAAAAUGAAAAUAAUAUCGUUAAUGAAUUUAAGGGGAAGAGAAUUGGAAGAUAACUAAAACUUUCAGAAUAACUUGAAAAACGUUCUAAGUUAAUUUAAACUCAAAAGCGAAUAUUCAUUUUAAAUAACAAACUAAUUAAAGUCAAAUAAGAACAAUUCUUUUAGAAACUUCUGCAAAAGUUUACAUUCGUAACAAAUCUUGAAAUGUCUUUAGAUAUCCUUUUAGCUAAAUGUUAAAAUAUUCAGCUAAAGCUUUUAGCUAUUUAGCUAAAUGUUUAACUAUUCUGUUUUCUUUUCAAGUAUAACGUACGUCUAUGAAUAUUUAAAUAAGUUUUAAAUAAUUCCUUUAAUCAUAUAAAUAUAUGAUUAAAGUCAAGCAAAUAAAUAAUUGUUCUGAAUUUCAAAAUAUGCAUA